GAGCAGAACCGAUGUGGUUGGUCAGUUAAGUAUUUCUAUUGUUUUACUUGAUCUAGGGAGGUGGAAGCUGGCCCCUGCCUGACCCCCUCUUGGCUAAACCCAUGGGAUGUGCCCUGAUUAUUUGGCUGAAAAGAAACUGACCAAACUGCUUUCACUUCCUAAAAUGAGAAGGAGAAAUUCCCCAGGCAGGGCCAUGUGACCUCUUGAAGCCUCACCAGGAAGAGUAAGAGAGUGUAGGCGGACUCCAAACAGAGAGAGAGAGAGAGAGGUGAAUGUUUGUCUGUGUGGAAUGAGAUAUCGUACAAGCAGUCUCUGCCCUGACUCCUGAACAGCCCUCUGCCUCUGAAGCUAAUAUAAGGAGUCUUGCUUUUAUAACCAAAAUCAAAAACCCUGAACUGGCUCCCAGCCUCUUUUUCUGCCCUAAGCAAAGGAAUCAACAAGCAGCAGCUUCCUGUGACCAUGCUUGGAGGGAUGGAGAUGAGGACCUGGAUUGAGCCUGUUGUUGCCGGGGCUCAGCUUGCGAGCUCUUUCUACGACACCGGGCUGCUUCUAGUGGUGAAGAACUACUACAACCAGACCAACUCCUCGGCUCACUCCAACGAGAAUUCUCAGCAGAAAGCCAUCUCCAACUUCUUCAUCAUCUACAAGCUUCUCGACGGCUUGACGCCGCUGCUGUCGGCUUACGGCCUGGCUAAGCUGGGCGACCUGAACAGCAGGAAGAUCUCCAUCUGCGUGCCUCUCCUGGGCUAUUUGGUCUCCCGGAUCCUGCUGCUGCUCCUCAUCCUGCAGAUGUGGCCCAUCGAGGUGAUGUAUGGGGCUGCUGUGUUGCACGGGCUGUCUGGAGGCUUCACCACAUACUGGGCCAGCGUCAUGGCUCUGGUGUCUAAGGGCUCCUCGGAGAGCAGGCGUUCGCUUCGCCUCAUCGUUGUCGAGCUCAUCUACGGCAUAGCCGGCUUCGUGGGGAGCAUAGCUUCUGGGCAUCUCUUUGUCAGCUUCCACCUCAGCUACCGCCACGGCACAGUCCUGGUUUCUUGCAGCGUUGCCUUAUAUGCUUUCUGUCUCCUCUACAGCCUCUUUGUCCUCAGGGUCCCCAAGACUGCAAGGUCUUGUCCUCUUGCGUCCACAGAGCCAAACCCUCCGGACAUCAAGCUGGCUGAGGAUGAUGGCGGAGAGCCUCACUUCCACGAGAGUCGCUCCUCUAUGGUGCCUUCCAAGCUCAUCAUUGCCAUGCUUUUUGUGGCCGCCAUAAUGUAUGACUCAACUGUGGUGGGAGCCAUGGAUGUGCUGCCAUUUUUUCUCCUGAAGGAGCCCCUGAGCUGGGGGCCGGUAUAUAUUGGCUAUGCCAACGCUGCUGGCUAUCUGAUCUUUAUCACCAGCUUCCUGGGAGUUUUUAUGUUCUCCAGGGUUUUCAGAGACACCACCAUGAUUACGAUGGGGAUUGUGUCUUUCUCCGCUGGCAUCCUCAUCAUGGCCUUUGUGCGAUGGACGUACCUGUUUUACGUUGCCCGUGGUGUGAUGUUGUUUGCCCUCAUUCCCUUGCCGACCAUCAGAUCUUUGCUGUCGAAACACAUAGAAGGAACUUCCUAUGGAAAGGUGUUUGUCUUGCUGCAGCUUUCGCUGGUGAUCACAGGUGUUGUGACCUCAGCUGUCUAUAACAAGAUCUACCAAAACACCUUAGAGUGGUCCAGCGGGUUCUGCUUCUUCUUGUCAUGUGGUUUAGGAUGCUUGAGCCUCAUCCCUAUCAGUAUUAUAGCAUGGAAGCAAAAGGCACCAUCUGGUUCACUUGAGAUUUUGACGGACUGAGAGCAGAAGGAAGUGGCUGUACCUAUUUCAGAAGCAGACGUACAGAUCAAGAGCAUGACUUGAGGGGCCCAGCAGUUGGGCUGCUUGAAAGAUGGCCUGCGUCUUGCAAUUACCUGCAUGGAGAGAGAUGUUCGGUAUCUACUGACUGGUCUCCAUAGCGUUUCAAGGGGAUGGUACUGCAGGUUAAAAUCAAGAUGCAACAAGCGAGACAAUUGGCACCUACAGAGAAGGAGGUGGCAUUGACACUGUAGCAUGGUUCUCCUUCCACCCAAAACAGUUGCCAUCGCUAAUGCCAAUUCCCUCAUCUGCAUCACUCCAGCUCUGAAAGCAAAUGUCCUCCCCUCUGUAAGCAACAAGGGUCUUGCUACCCUCUUUCUAGAUAGAGCAGAACAUGCCACACUAGAGGCCUUCAAACAAAAGCAGGUCAGAAGCUCUCGAUUGCCCACACUGAGCAGUUGGGUUAGACUACAUGGCUUCCAAUGACCCCUUCCAGCUCUGUUCAUCUAUCUCACUGAAGUCGCAGUAGCAUUUGAAGUCCAGUUCUGAGGGCCUUCUGGCGGUUCCCUCGUGGCCAGAAGUGAAGUUACCAGGCAGAGGGGUUUCUCAGCAGUGGCGCCCUCCCUGUGGAACAUCCUCUUGUCAGAUGACAAGGAGAUAAAGAACUACACAACUUUUAGAAGAAUCUGAAGGCAGCCCUGUAUAGGGAAGUUUUUAAAAUUUUGAUGUUUUAUUAUGUUUUUAUAUUUUGCUGGAAGGUGCGGUGCCCUGAGUGGCUGGGGCAACCCAGUCAGAUGGGUGGGGUAUAAAUAAUAAAAUUGUUGUUGUUGUUA